CUGGGGAAAUGUCAGAUCUAUAGGCAGAGCCAGCAGAGGUCUUCUUUUCGCUUCCUUGCACAAAUAGAGACCUCUGUCAGCAGGGAACUAGAUCCGUUGAGUUCACUAGAAUUAGUUUUCUGAGAAUGCCUUUCGAUAAAUCUGCAAAUGGAUGUACAGGAGUGCAGCGCAUGAAAGAGAGAUUUUCUCGCGCGAUUUCAGAGGAAGGAGUAAAUCGUGGUUUAAGUUUUAAACCUCGUUCAGACGACGUGUUCGUCGUGACCCCACCAAAAUGCGGCACAACAUGGAUGCAACAGAUUCUACAUCAGUUACGUAGCGGUGGCGAUAUGUCAUUUGAGGACAUUAGCGAUGUGGUGCCCUAUGUCGAGUUGGCUUAUGAUGUCGAAAUUGACCUCGAGGCUGAGCAUAACUAUUCACCACGGUAAGAUUGGGCCAUUCCAUUUAAUAUGUGCACCCCCCCUAUUGAGGGGUCUGGAAAUCCUAUGGGGAGGGAGGGGUUAAUAUUGGUAAUUUCCGAGGGGGUAAAUCAGUCGGUCCCUUUGAUCUUCAAACAACAUAGGCCAAUUUCCAAGGGGAGGAAUGUGUCGGCACUUUGAUGUUCAAUUUCCUAAGGGGGUAAAACUUUUAAGGACCCCUCAAUAGGGGGGGGGGGUGCACAUAUUAAAUGGAAUGGCCCAUUUCACAUUUUCACUCAUGUUUACUUUUAAUGUAAUUAAUAUGCACUAUGUUGUCUUGUGCAAACACUGGUAGACGUAUUGGGGGAUAUUAUAUUCCUUGUCUGUUCGCUUCGCUUUUGCUUCUCAAGAUAGUUUAUUCAAUAUUCUAGCAACGUGCGAGGAAAUAUAUUACUCGGUGUUGCAGGUACGUCAUGCUGUUUGCAACAAGAUAUGUGGUCAUGCAUUGUCAAUAAAGCUCUUCAUUAUUUGCUUAUUUAAAACUGCUUAUCAUAAAACUUUAAUAAAACUUAAACCAGUUCAAGGUAGGAAAGAUUGCUGAGUAGUGUAUCAUACAAUCUGGGUGUAUCGAAGCUUUUGGAUUCUGUGUUGUAGAAAUUAAUAUUGUGCCUCCUGGGCUGUCUACACCAUAGUCUACCGUCAUUAUUGCACAAUACAUAUGUAGAGCCAGAAUUCGAGCCAUGAAUUAUGUCGGUAAAUACUAAUACUAAUUUCCAUAUGCCAAAAUUUACCUGACGUCAUUAUAAUUUUUUGGUUCGAAUCCUGGCUUGAUAUUAGCUUAAAUACACUGUAUUUAACUUCUGAAUAUAUUAGGGAAGCCUCACUUAUUGAUUUUUUCCACGAGAAACGUCAUAUGUUUGUUUGGGUGGGGGUUUGCAGCUGUGAUGUUUCUCAUGAGUAAACAUCAUGCAUGGAAAAAUUCGAUAGCUUUUUCGAAAGCCUUGACAUUUUGGAAUCAUUUUUGCAGAAUAAAAAAAUUACAUUCGUAAUACCAUACCUGUUCUAUAUUGACUAUAUACGAGUAUACAUUUAUAUUAUUAUGCCUAGCUUGCGUUAAAAGACUCAAAUUUAAAAAAAAAACGCGCUAAAAUUAUCAAUAUUUCAUGCAAAAAAAGUUGUUUUGAGAAACGUUGGAAAUUUUGAUGACAUAUUCCGCACGGAAACAUCGCCAAUAGCCGACCGUAGAAAAUAGUAGAAAAUUACUUUAUGUGUACUAUAUUAAAGAACAAAAUAUCGAUAACUAUGUGUGACGUUUCUAAGGGGGGUGGGGGGUCUCCAGAGAAACGAACAUAUGACGUUUCUCAUGGACAAAAUCGAUAUGUGAGGCUUCCCUUAGUUUGUAAGCAUUUCUUGAUGUGUAUGUACAACAUUUGGUGUUAGUAAUAUUAUCUAUUGUAAACUAUACUGUGAAUCAGGGUCUUAGCUAGGAUUUUAUAUCUUGGGUGUGUUUCAAAAUGACCAGGGUGUGCACAUGUCAAUUACCUUGAAUAGCCAAAUUCACGGUUCUAGUUAUGCUCGCCAACAACAGACAAUGCGUGUGGUUGUUCUAUGCUUUGCAACCAAAUACAAGGCGAGCAUACACUCGUAUUGCGCACUGACAUUAAAAUAUUAAGUUAUUUCAGCAACUCUUGGGCCCAGAAUCUUGGGGGUGUAUUUAAAACCAUUUUAACACCAUAAGGUUCCCAUUACCCAUCAAAGACAUUAAAACACCACAGAUCAGUUUUGCCAAUUUCAACAACUACAGUAUGAUGUAAAUAGGAAGAAAUUCUGUCUGUUGUAAGCAGUAACACCUUAUUUUAUGAACCUACAUGGCCUUAUAUAAAUAAUGAAGCUGCAUUUAUUUUAUCUAGCCGUGUUUUUCCAUUUUUGGCCGCAAUAACACGGUCAACACGGCCCUCUAGCUAAGACCCUGCUGUGAAUGAAAAGAUAGCCUAAAGGUUAAAAAGAGGGUGGAAAAGGGUAUUUUCGUGAGCCGUGAAUGGUCAAUAUUAAUUUGUUUGCAUGAAAUGUGAAGUGCUUGAUUUUAGUGUCGUGAAAUGUGAUUUGUUCUACAGCCGUGAGGUGUGAUUGUCGAUAAGGCCACAUAAAAUAAUAGUUAGUUAGCGUCCUUAGCUUUUGCCAAAAAGUGGGCGGGGGGGGGGUGCUUUUUUAUAUAUUUCAAAAUAUGAUUCAUACCGUCAUUUUCGCAUGCAAUUUCGUAACUUAUUAACACAAUUGCUACAGUCAACAGAAUACUAUAUAUAUUAUAGCCCGUUGAUCAAUAAAUUUAAAAAAAAUCCUGAGCGGGGCCUUUUUUGUGGGCAGGCGUCGAUGCUAACCAACUAUUUAUUUUUUAUUUUUUAUGUGGCCUAAAAAUGCUCCGUGAAAUGAGAAUUAAGGAUGUCUGUUUCGUCACUUUCGUGAACUGCGAUUUUGCUUUGUUUAUUUCGAUCUAUUUUAUAUUAGUAUAAACCUACUAGUAGGCUAUCACAUAUCGUGGCUUCUGAUUGGCUACGUUACUAGUAGGCUAUUAGUGAUAGCCUACUAAUAGAAAAUUCAAAAUGGCGGAAAAUUCGCAUUUUGCACUUUUGCCGAAGUGUCUGAUGAUUUUUUUGGACGACUUGUUGAACAAUUCUGUACUAAAAAAAAAACGAAAAAGCAACAAAAAUAUGGAAUGGCAAUUUUUAAGGGUAAGAAAAUGGACAAAAUAACAUACACUGAAUGAAAUUUUAAAAUUAAAACUGAAUUUUGUAAAACAUUUUACGCGAACAAAAACUAAAAUAUUUGUUUACCUUUAAUGGUUUUAUGUUUUUUUUUGUGUGUAUUUUUGUAUUGUGUUUGCAGCCUAGUUGCAAAUUAAUGUUAAAGUUUAUACUAAAACAAUUAGACAACUCGGCCUCGUUGUCUACGAGCAAAUAGUCAACUCGGCUUCGCCUCGUUCACUAUUCGCUCAUAGACAAUUCGGCCUCGUUGUCUAAUUGUUAAAUAGUCAUAAUAGACAUGAUACGCGAUAAUCAAUUAUAUGAUCUCACUCGAUUGCACAAGAGUAAAAACUUCGGAGGCCUUUCGGAGGUCAUUGAACAUACUCGUCACUCCAACUUCUAAGUUAUGAUGUAGUUUUUUACUGACAGGUUGUACCAUGCAUUCAACAUACUCUUAAUAAACCUAUUAUUAUUAUAUUAUUUUAUUAGAAUCUAGUUUUCCGUGAAAUUGCUUUUUUAAGACAUGUGAAUGGUGAAAUGGCUUUUCUUUCGUUGUGAAACGUGAUGCAUACCCCCCCCCCCCCGCCCCCCCUAAAAAGAGAGCCUGCAUGGAAGCCAUACAUCUUUGACCCAAAUCUGUGCCCAAAUCUCAAAAUUCAAAAUUCUCAUUACAGUCGAACCCCUAUUAAGCGGACACCUUCGGGACCUCGCCGUGUCCGCUUAAAAGGGGUGUCCGCUCAAAAGGGGUAUGUAGAAAAACACAGCAGGAGGCAAAGAGGUGUAAUUAGGUGUGUAAUUUGAGUAUCAAAACAGUAAAAAAUAUCAAGCAAAUAAUUAGCAUAAAAUGGAAAUUUCUUUGUACAUAAAAGUUCAUUAGAAAAUGUAUACGUCUCCCACAAUCAUAUAAAAAAGGAAUCGAUACAAGUUUGCUUCCGAGGCUCACGCAGACGAUAGCCCAUUAUAAUGUCAUUUACAUAAAAAUGACGUUAGAAAGUUCUUCCAAACCUCGAAAUUGUGCGACUUCUGCCAACCGCUCGACAAAUUUAAGAGCUUCGGAGGAAGAUUUAAUGACUGAUUCGUUAAGAGACCAGUCAACUUCAUCAUCUUCGUUCAGUUCGUUGUCAUCAUCAGUGAUCUCACCACAGUCUUCGUUCGUCACUUCCUUAAUAAUCUUGGCUCUGAUGUCUUCGCGCCAGGUUGGUGUGUCACUGUCAAUGUGCCAUGUAAAUUAAUCUCAAUUGUUAUUUACUGUCGAAUAUUGAAUACAUUUUAUCAGAAAAUCUGUCGUCUGUCCGCUUAAGAGAGGUUGGUUUGCCCAUUGGGACCUCAAGUAAGGUGUCCGCGUCCGUUAAAGAGGGGUGUCCGCUUAAUAGGGGUUACGAUAAUAGUAUUUUAUUAAAGAAAACGAAUGGGACCUGAGAUAUGUGUCUGCUUAAAAGAGGUGUCCGCUUAAGAGACGUGUCCGCUUAUAGGGGUUCGACUGUAGUGAGGAAUUAGAUCUCCUAUAGUAUUUAUAGAAAUCACGCAUUCCUAUUUAUGGAAUAUAACUCACCACUUUCUACACUCAUCAACAUGUAGACUUGCUCCAAGGCUCGCUUGAAUUGGCUUCACUUUUGAUAGAGUGUGAGAUCAGUUUUUAAAUCCAUAUUACUAUUAGUAAUUAAUUAGUUCGAAUUUCAUGUUUACUUAGUAAUUAGUAUAGCUUCUAAUUUUUUGUAUAUGUUAUUUGACUCCGAAAAGUUCAGUUGGGAGAGUUCAAUAAAUUAUUGUAUUUAACCCUUUAAGUUGGCAAUGCACCCUACUUUAGUAUUUUACUUUGUCUAACGCCAGAAUAUUUUACUCUGUCUAACGCCAGACGAUUUUACUCGUAAAGUGGAGAGUACUACCACUCAUGGGUUAACAAAUAAAAAACAUUUUCCAUGUUGAUAUAUACAGUUUUGUUAUAUAGCUAGUGUGAACCCCAAACGUGAUUGGCUGAUUUGUAGUCACGUGGCUUUAGAUAAAUGCAAUGUAUCCCGCCCGGGCAAUAAGUGAAAAAUUGUUGCCCGCCCCGACCGGCUACGUACAUGUAGUAAGGUUUGAAAGAGACUUUAAUAUCAAUACGUUAGUUUAUAAUAGUUAGUAAUAGUUAAUAUUGGUAACAGUUAAUAGUUAAUCUUAAUUGAAUCACAUUACAUCUCCCUUUUCUUAAAUAUAUAAAACUUAAUGUCAACUUAGCUAUGUCUUUCGCUUAUCUUAAUUGUAACUUUAAUGUUUUAAUAAUUUUGAAUGUCAACUACUCUAGUCCAAGAUUUUCUCUUGCUUUCAAAGACAAUAUCUUAAUUCUGUUAGGUCUGCUAUUUAUAUUUAAUGAUGGUGUUGUUUCCUGUUCGUCUUGUUUCUUAUCAAUGUCCUUGGGAAUGUUUUGCAGCUGUACUCGGUUUCGUCUUACUACCGUUGUAGGAGUAUCAACCAGAUAUGAUCUUGGUUUCUUUGAUGGUCUAAUUACUGUUCCGGUACAGUUAUGUAUUUAUUCUUGCAUGUUUUAUAUAGUGUAAAGGCCUGUAAAAUCAGUAUUUACGUUGUCCAGUUUGCAGUCCGUAAUAUGUCGUGUUUUAGUGUUAGAUGGAUGGACUUAGUAUGGGAUUCUAGUUCUGUUGUCCAAUCCUUCAAUCAUAGCUGUAUGUGUAUUUUUUAUAUAAUAUGAUUGUAAAGUUAAUAAAAAAAAUAUAUAUAACAAAAUUAUUAAAUAAAGUUUCCAUUAUUAUUAUUAUUAUUAUUAUUAUUAUUAUUAUUAUUAUUAUUAUUAUUAUUAUUAUUAUUAUUAUUAUUAUUAUUAUUAUUAUUAUUAUUAUUAUUAUUAUUAUUAUUAUUAUUAUUAUUACACAAACAGUGCUCAAUACCAUAUAGAGCGUAAUAUAGUUUUUCGUUUUACCUCAAAAAACCACAACAGUCUGUUUCAUCCGUGUGGGAAUCAUCAGGUGGUGAAUAAUUUCGAAAUUAUUCACCAUCUGAUGAUUCCUGUGCGGAUGAAACAGAUUGUUGUGGAUGAAACAGACUGUUAUAUAUAUAAGAUAUAUAUAUAUAUAUAUAUAUAUAUAUAUAUAUAUAUAUAUAUAUAUAUAUAUAUAUAUAUAUAUAUAUAUAUAUAUAUAUAUAUUGCAUGCACUUUGUUCUGUUAUUUUAGUUUAGUAUAGUAUAAUUGUGAUUCAAAUAGCCAACCGUAAGUUACCUUAUGAGAGAGAUUUACGAUUGUAUAAUGUAUGUAAAGAAAAACAUUUAAUAAAGUUUCCAUUAUUAUUAUUAUUAUUGUGUGUGAACAUUUGUUUACAAACGAAGUUCAAACAUUGAAAUGAACUUGCGAAUUUGUUGCGAAGUUCGCGCCCAAUUUCCGAACAUGGAAACGUAAUUGGCAAGUUCGCAACGAACUUGGGACCCGUGCGUUCAAAAGUGACUUGAAGUUGACAAUAAACCAUCUGUUUUGUUUUCAUUGUUAGAUGUUACAAGACUCAUGCAUGGUAUCCUCACUGCCCCAAGGGUGCUAAAUACGUUGUUAUUUAUCGUGAACCAUGUGCUGCUUUUUACAGUCGCUUUAACUUCCAUAAGGGUUGGAUGUUCCAACCUGGAGAACUUUCACUUCAUGAAUACGUAAAGGAUUUUUCAUUCGCUUAUGGUGUGCCAAAAAACAAGAUGGACAGGCCGUCCUAUUUUGUCCACUUGCUCAGCUGGUGGGAACACAGGAAUGACUCGAAUGUUUUAUUUCUGUUCUUUGAGGAUAUGAAAGAUGAUUUAGAAAGCGUAGUUAGGAUGGUUGCAGCAUUCAUUGGAAUUCAGGAUGAAGAAAGGAUUAAGAAGGCUGUAGAAAUGAGCUCCUUUGAAUUUAUGAAGGAGAAUAAGGGGAAGUUUGCAGACGUACGCUAUGCGCGUUAUCGGAAUAAAGUUUGUGGGAUACCUGAUGAUGCUGUACCCAGUAAAGUUGUCACAGGAUCUGCGACGAAAGGACGAGAGUUGAUGGAUGACAAAACUAAAGAAAUUAUUCAGGCAAAGUGGCUGGAAGUCGUUGAGAAACAAACUGGAUUUCAGGAUUACAAUGAGUUGAGAAGUGUAUUCAAAAAAGAAAACAAAAAUUGUUAAAUUGUUACCAAUGACGUUCAAACUUUAGCUUAUUCUUUAAUUUUCUAGAAAACAUGUGCGAACUAUUUCGCCAGGAAAUUCAUUGUUUUAGAAAAUUAUUUUUACAAUUUUUCGAAAAUUUGAUAUCAUGUUGUUCUUCUAAAA